GAUAUCUCUAUAUGUCUGUCUAGCGUCCGUAUCGUUCUUUCCUGGAGCUCAAGUUCUGGUCUUGCUCGCGUUUGAGUUCAUCGGACAUGGCGUCGAGAGCGAUGCCCGCCGCUCUCUUGCACACCCCUCUUCCGCCGAAACCAAAGCCACUUGCUUCCGCGAGAACUGGGAAAGUUCGACAUGGGUCCGUGACGUGCAAGGCGCUCAGCGACAGCUCGCCCAAUCCGACGGUCUAUCGGGGCGUUUACGGUCCCUGGACCGUCGAUCCCGCCGACGUCAGAGAGGUGAUAUUGUACAGAUCUGGGUUGGUGACCGCUGCCACAUCCUUUGUGACUGCUUCUUCGACUAUGUUUUUACCUGAAGAUUCUUGGGUGAGUGAGAUACUCAGGCAGAAUCUUGAUUUACUCUAUACCCUUGGAGCUGGUGGAUUGGGCUUAUCAUUGCUGUUGAUUCACAUCUAUGUUACUGAGAUUAAACGCACUCUUCAAGCUCUAUGGGCACUUGGUGUCGUCAGUUCUUUGGCAACAUAUGUGUGCCUCGCUCAACCAUCUGGAGAGAGCUUGGUACAAUAUGUUGCCGAUAAUCCAACAGCAGUAUGGUUUGUUGGUCCUCUCUUUGCUGCUCUCACGGGACUUGUUUUUAAGGAAGGCCUCUGCUAUGGAAAGCUGGAAGCUGGCAUUCUCACAUUCAUUAUUCCAACUGUUCUUCUUGGCCAUCUGACCGGUUUGAUGGAUGAUGGAGUAAAGGCGACUUUGUUGGGUUUCUGGAUAGCCCUUUUCGUGAUCUUUGCUGGAAGAAAGUUCACUCAGCCUAUAAAGGAUGACAUUGGUGAUAAAUCUAUCUUCAUGUUCAACUCUCUUCCUGAAGAUGAAAAGCAAGCUCUGGUCAAGAACUUGGAGCUGGAAAAGAAUCGUAACUAGAGGGGCGGAGCGCGAAAAUUGAAACCUAUCCUCAAGUUUUGGCAACAAUAGGGUACAUAAGAAUCAAGAUGAAUAACAUGGACAAGAAGUUGGACUGCUCACAGAAAUGUUUUGAAGAUGUCUGCAAUUAGUAGUUACGUCGUGCUUAUACUGUAAGUCAGUGUCUUCCAGUACCAUUUUGUUGGCUGGAAAAAGGAACAAAGCACUUAGGAAAAAUGAUGCACAAUGUCAGUGUGGCUAUAUGUUUUGUUGAAAUGAUUAGUAGUGUCAUCGUUUGCAAUAAAAUUUCUCUCCUUGCUCUUUUCGAGAUC